ACAAAAGUACAACUUUCAUUUGUUACCUUGGUGCUGGUCAGUCUUCAUCCUACAUCUCUUCACCUUGGGAAACCAUAUGCAAAACUUCAAAUGUGUCAAAGUGUCAACAAAGAAGAAAAUAGUUUACCAAAAACCACAAGGGAAAACUUAAAAAAAGAACAGAAAGCAGACGGAACCACUACUGGCCUCGCCGUUCGAGCUCUUCCAUCUGCUCGGUUUUAUCGGCUGUUUCUGUAAAUUGCUGAAACAAUACAACACGUGCCUGUGACCGUAUGGUAGUUCUGGUGCAAUGUGUACCCAGUUUGCAGUUCCUUCCGAGGGCAGGAUAAUACAGGACACCCGUCGAAGGUUUUGGGUUUUACAACGUUUGUAGGCUUGUUGAAAAAAAAGAUCAUUGUAAACAUGCAAACAUAAAAGGUGUGUUGGGCCCUUCUGUUUGGGAACAAUAGUUGCACUUGAUGGCGAAGAAAUAUUCGUGCGUUUUGAAAUCACGCUAAUGUGAACAUCUUCGUGGGUUGUGUUGUGUGGGCUUCUUCAACGCAAAACAGCAUCCAUCGUCGCCUACGUUUCUCGUCCUUCUCAUUUGGCCUUACACGCGCAUUCGGUCAUGUCCGGAAUGUACGGUCACAGCCGUGAAGCGGUGCGAGUGAAAGUGAAGAAAUGCGAAAAGAAUGUUCCAUCGGAAACGAGGAAAUUUAGUGUCGAUCCUCAGAUUACCAACCUCGAGGUGCUGUACUCGCUGCUCGCAAAAGCAUUCGAUUUGAAGACCGAUUUUGGUAUCAGCUACAAGGUAAUUGAAGCGAAUGGCCAGGAAAGCUAUCUUGUCGUACUGUCCGACUGGGAUCUGGAAGCCGCCUUCCUGCGUGCACAUAAUCAAUCAAUCGCAAGCAAGAGUGAACCCUGUCUGAACCUCCGCGUCGACAUAAAACCAUUUUCGGAGGCAUCAGAAUGGGACGGAAACGGUACGGCUACGUCCACGAACAUACCACGCGAGCUGGUAUCGCUACAGCAAUCGAUCGGUGCCGGACAAAAGUACGUGCAGAACAAGCUGCCCGGCCUGAUCAUGAACCAGAUGGAGAAAACCUUCUCGAUGGUGCAACGAGCGUUCAAUUUGGUUGAGGAUCCUUUGCUAACACAACCAAUAAGGCCACCACUGGCGGAUGCAGAGUUUCGCAAGCUACAGGAUUCUGUUGGUCAAAUUUUGGCCCCUGAACAGCUUCGCAAAGUGAUUUAUCUAGGUGGAAUUGAUCCAAGUCUGCGGCGCGUCGUGUGGAAGCACAUACUAAACGUUUACCCCGAUGGCAUGACCGGCAGGGAACGGAUGGAGUACAUGAAGAAGAAGUCAGCGGAAUAUUUACGAUUGCGUGACGUCUGGCGUAGCACGAUGCAGCGAGGUAACAUCGUCGGUGAGCUGGCGUACGUGACCAGUAUGGUACGGAAGGAUGUCCUUCGUACCGAUCGCUUGCAUCCAUUCUAUGCCGGCAGUGACGACAACCAGAAUAUCGCAGCACUCUUCAACGUGCUCACGACGUACGCACUGAAUCAUCCGGCCGUCAGCUACUGCCAAGGCAUGUCCGAUAUUGCCUCGCCGUUGUUGGUUACGAUGGGUGACGAAGCGCAAGCUUACAUCUGCUUCUGUGCCAUUAUGGAACGGUUGAGCUGCAACUUUAUGCUGGACGGUAUAGCCAUGACGCUCAAGUUUUCCCAUUUAUCCGAAGCGCUCCAGUACUAUGAUCCGGACUUUUUCGCUUACCUUAAGCACCACCAGGCAGAUGAUCUGCUGUUCUGCUACCGUUGGUUGCUGCUCGAAAUGAAGCGUGAGUUUGCGUUCGAUGAUGCGCUGCGAAUGUUGGAAGUGCUCUGGAGCUCGCUACCACCGAUGGCACCGAAGGGGGAGCUGGCACUGUACGAGCGAGAGUACGAGCCACCACCGGCCGAUGAAAGCAUCCAUCCGCCGCCCAGCCAAAGCCCAUCGGUGAUGUUGCGAACACCACGGGAAAAUCCGUACACAAAAGUGUGCGCCCUUCGGCGGCAGAGUUCGGCCCUUUCGCUUAGCUCGUCCUGUUGCACAUCGACGAAUCCACUCGCGAGUCAAUCGAAUCGGUACGAUCGAUACGGUGGCGUGGGUGUCGGUGGCCGAUUAGAUGCUUCGCGGCGACUCAACCUCAGCUUGGAUGAGAACAUAACGCGCGAAAAUAUAUACUCCACUAAGGUUGGGCAAGUGCAAAAAGUACACCAAAGUCUGGACGAAGCAAAAAUUGCGCUCGUGAAGCAAAGAAAGAUCGUGCGAAGCGUCGGAGAUGACGAUAACAUACAGGAAGGGUUCGAGGUGGGACAGUCAACGGCCCAGGGCGAGGAUGACAAUGCGACCGAUGUGGAAGAUAGUGUAUUUCAUUCGCCGCAGCAUCAGGCCACCACGAAGGGCAGCAGCAAAACAAAUCCUUUCAUUGACGGUUCGAUGGAAAGUGUUUCGAUGCAGGAUCCACUGGGAGACGGUGAAGCGAAAGGACUGACCGAAGUGUCGACAGACUUUAAGCCCGAAUCGGUAACGCCCGGCACGAACAGUAGUAGUGCGGCUAGUAGUGUACGAAACUCACCCGUGAUAGGACGCAGCCGGAGCCUAUUCUCGACGUCGGCCGCAACGGGGAAAAUGAUCGCACGGCAGCUAAGCAAUCAAAAGAAACAUUUCACCUCUACCGCCAGCGCAUCGGGCGGUGGUUCGAGUGGAACGACAGGUGCGGGGCAUUUUCACGACCUAAAGGAAAAGCUUGCGGCCAGUAGAAAAGGCAUCUUCGCUUCACUGGAUAAAACGCAUGGCGUCGAAGGUGGGAAUACGAUCGACGGAACGAUACGAUCGAACAAUCAGGUGGAAAAAUCGAAACCCAAGCUGGUAAAGAAUUUCAACGAGUUCCUUAACUUUGCCGCCAUGAAUAAGAGCCGCAUUAGCGAUCGUUUGGUAACGAAAAAGAUGCUCACAAACGCUAGUGUCGCGGCCAACAAUAGUUGUUCCAUCGAUUCAACGACCAGCAGCUACACGACGACCACGACCGGUGGUAUGGCGGGCGAAGUAUCACGGGACGACUCGACGGAUACGAUCGAGUACAACGAACUGAAGCCAAAGCCGGUGAUUAAGCUAACAAAAUCAUCGUUCGACGAUUCCGAUUCUUCCGCAACGAGUGUAGGCAUGGGGAUGGAUUCGAUGGCAACAACAACGGCACUUUCGCGAUCUAGCGACAACAGCAGUUUUAUCGUUGACGAUAGUUCCACUUCCGUAUCGCCUAUUCACAUUAGGCGCGAGGAACAGGAGCAACCGCUUACAAAUGAAGAACCCGGCGAAGGAAGAACAAAUGUUCAUCGGGCGGUAGAUUUGUUUGUGGCAGGACCUUCGACCGUAGCGGCAACGGUUGGCGAUGGAAGCAGUCCAGACGAUUCGCAGGAAUACUUCCCGAUGACAACUUCCAUGACGAGAGAAUUGCGACUGGAGUUGGAAAACCUCGAUCGUCACGUAUUCGGGAACGAUUUUCACAGCAAACAGCAACGGUUCUUUACGCUUAGUAGUUGCAUCGAUCUGGAAACGCCUCCGGAGAGCGGUGACUCAAUGGCACCGACAGAGGAUAGGUCCAAUCGACGUGUUCCGCUUGUGGCGGGAGUUUCGACGACCGCUGCUACGACCAUAGCGUACAGCAAGCUCGACAAUAAUGGUAGCCUACCGCGUAGGUUUGAUGCGGCAAUGGAAAUUGAAUCAAUUGAUGAAAUCUGUGAUCGUUCUCCGCUCGAGCAAAGAGGCGAAGAGACUAAGGAGGACGUGGUACGAUACCGCGAGAAACCGGGGCGGCGGCGAACGGGAACGGGUGGUGGAACCGGUAGCGUCGUGAGUGAGCAUCGCGAUAGCAAACGUAUCAGCGCGUCCAGUGCGAACAUAAGCAGCGAUGUGUUUGUGUGGGAAAAUCCACUACAUCACGAGUGCGGCGAAGACGAUCCGUUAAGUCCGGUUUCGGGUGGCAUGGUAACUGGUGAAGUGACCCAGAUACAGCAGCGUACCGCAACCACACCCGAUGAACAUCCGGAGCUGGAGUACGACGGAGAAAUCAUCGAAGAGACAACGCUGGGAAAGAAAUCCGUCACCCCGAUACGGUUGGUGCGCAAGAAUGGUGAACGUUCCGUGCCCGGUUCGGCGCGUAACUCGAUGAUUUUGCCCGAUUCCUCCGACUCAUCGGAUGAUUCUCCCUUGUCACGAUCACCGGCAGCGGUAAAGUUUAAGUUUCACCCGAACAAUCCUUUCUUCGAUGCUGCCUCGAAUGCGAUCGAUAACCGACCAUCGGCGCUGCUGAACAUGACCGUGGACGAUGCCGACGGAGAGAUGCUAGAAGAGGGCACGGAAGCAUCCGUUGUUACCGGUGUUUUACCGAACGGAAUGCGCACGGAUAGUGCUGCUGACCCACAGGAAGGUAUGAUACCGGCUCAAGUAUUAGCUUCACCAACCACAAUCACAUCACUUCCAGUGGAACCGAGUGGGCUCGAUGUAAACUUCGGUGAGACCGUCACUACCGCUGUAACUGUGCCACUGUCCACCGCCAGCAAUAUCUCCAGCACCAUUCCCAGCAUGAAGGUUGCAGGAGUGCUUCCACCGCCCCAGGAAUUCGGUGGCGGUAACCCCUUCCUAAUGUUUCUUUGCCUAACGAUUCUGCUGCAGCAUCGGGACUACAUCAUGAAGACGGGCAUGGAUUACAACGAGAUGGCAAUGCAUUUUGAUAAGAUGGUGCGCAAACACAACGUAACACGAGUGCUCAAUCAAGCCCGACAAAUGUAUGCCGAGUACAGGCGGAUGUACCAGCAGCAGCUGAUGGCAAGUGGCCGUGACGGUAGCAAGGGAAGUUUGCCGGCUUCCGUAUCGAUGAUGGCAAACAGUUACCACGGGAGCAUGAGUCUCGGCAGUGGCACCUCGUCGGAUGUGCUGGCACGGAAAGCAUCCGCACCGGAAGUUAGUUCGGCACGAAGAAACACGGGCGGUGAUUUAACGCUCGUGACGUAGUUCGGCGUAGCGUUCGUAACGCGAACAUGGUAAUUAUGUUUAUUUGUGUUCCUUUUUACAUAUACCUCUGAGUUUGUAAGCGAAAAUUUAGAAGACUUGUGCAAGACUAUUUACAGUGAGAUUUCAUUUAAGUACAGGAAGAAAGUCGAUCUUGGUUCCUUUUAGCCGGGACGUUCGAUACGAACAUAGCCCAGCAUUGACGAUAUCUGCUGAUCUCUGUAUAGGUAGAGAGCCGACUGAAUGGGUGUGAUUGGUCACCAAAAUACACAGUUGUACACAGGGAUGCAGGCAUUUAAAUCAAUUUUAUUUCUAGCUUACACUGUCCAUAUUCUACCAAAAGCAAAACGACUUCUCCCCUACGCACUUUUAAAGUAUCGUUUGAUUUGAUUUUUAAAUGUAGACAGUUAAGUUGGGAAGCGUUUUACAUCUAAAUCGCAAAGAGAUGAAUAUCGUGAUAUUUUAAUUAGAAUGAUACGCCUAUCAAAUAAUGAUUGCAAAAGGGGAGUGUUUUAACAUAUUAAGUUUCAGUAUAGACAACAAGGCAGCAACAAAAUCGGAAAACGCAUUACUCAAAGGGACAUUUCGCUUGGAAGACAGGGAAGAAACCUUAAGCAUUUUUCAUAACAGCAACAAAAACAUGGCACGGCCGCUUUAGUAAAGAACAAUGUCACAUAAUUAGUAAAUAAUCAACAUUUCAAUUAUAAAAUGCCCGGUAUAUACAUAUAUAUAUGAAAAUUGCACCUCCGUCACGGCAGAAUGCUACUACACUCGCUAACUACAUCCACCGAAUAUUUCUUCUGAAGGCAUGGGGUUAUAGAUCAAAAAAGCAAGAAAGAAAUAAAGCAAAAGACGCAGCUGGAAAGCAUACUACGCAAAGACUGCAUUCGCAGUAAAGAGCUAUUUACAGUGAGCAGAAAUUAGAGCAAGGAAAAAGGAAAAAAACAAAGCUCUAAAAGAUAUUACUCACCCAAAGAAAGCAGACACACGAGCCUAUUGCAAGCCUGUAGAUAUAGAUAGAACUCAUCCAAUUAUAGCGACUAAAAGCCCCCUUUUCGUACGUAGGCUGGUGAUGAAGUGAUGGAAUGGAAAUAGUCUUACAAACUAGCUGGAUCUUGGCAGGAAAAUCGCACUCAAUUCUGGCAAAUUACAAAGCGAUAGCGGAAGCAAUUUGUAACUAAAAAAUUCUUUAUGUGGAGCUAUGUUGAAAUGAAUUAUCUCCUUAAUUGUUUUUUUUCUUCAACGUCCGUUUUGUUAAAGUACCGUAAAGCAACAUCGAAACACAAAAAGUUUAUUUUAACUUAGUCACAUUCACCUUAGUAGUUUCACUUAGUAGCUGCCAUAAGCAUCAUAAAUGUGGCUACAAGACUAGAAGAAAAUGUACUCAAAACUCUACUUUUCCGAUACUUUUCCGAAGAUGAUAACGGAUCAAAUCUUGACCGAUCUCCUUUAGAAACCACCUUGAAGACAUCCGUCGAUCGAAUCGCAGAUUACAGAUACCUAACCCCAGAGUUGAAUCGAGUAUAAAGUUCCUCUUCAGCCAAAAUCCGAUAAUGGUUAGUUGGAAGUCUAAUAGAUAGAAGAAAACCAGCAAGAGUGUAUUAUGUAUGCGUGUGUGUGUGUGUGUUAUGUAUCUUUUACCCAGGUUUUUCUGUGUACGUGUGAUAGAGAACAAAAGGCUAGGAAAAUGAAAAGGAAAAUCCAAGACCCAUUCCAUACUUGUUUGUUGGCUAGUUGUUGGACAUAGAUGUAGGGAGAGCAAUCAAUUGUUUAUGUGUCGACGGCUCAGAAUGCUGUUGAAGGGGCCCAAAAUAAUUACAACACCAUGUUAACUGUGUAUUGGUAGGAAAGGCACGGCAAUGGCACCAUUGCAAAAAUGUGUUAUUUAUCGCUUUAAUUUCCUUUCCAAGCGCACACACUUUUGGUAAGGACGAGAUACGGGGGUCAACAGCUUUUACUACACAUUCACCAUUUUCGAGCGUAAUUAACGACUUUAAUACGUGCACAAAACAUCGCCUAUCACUAUUUUAUCGUUGAUCGUUUUUUUUUUGUUCAAAUACCGAAACGUAAAAAAGUAUAACGAAUAUGAUUUGCGUAAAUGAUAAGGUAAAAAAACAUAUAUUAAACACAAAA